AUGUCCAUUGUCACCGCUGGACUGCUUGGAGCGGUCAUCUUCGCUCGCCAUGGCGACCGCAACGAGUUCUUCCAAGACCCGCUCACCUAUAACCCGAGCAAUACCGUACUGACUCCUCUUGGGACGGUCGAAGAGAACUUCCUGGGGGAGUUCCUACAGGCUACCUACAUCAACAACUCAUCGUCCAAUGCCAUUGACGGCUUGGACUUCCCCGUCGCAGACUUGGACCAGCUGCUGGUUCGUGCUGAUGCUGCCGGUGAAGGCGUGACCAUCGUGUCGUCGACUAUGGCGCUUCUGUCGGGCCUGUUCCCUCCGACCCCGGCGUUCAACAUCACUCUGGCCAACGGCACGACGGUGGUGGGUGCGCUCGGAGGCAACCAAUUCAUUCCAGUGGAGACCGUCGAACCCGACUUGGACAUCUCGCUCAACUCCUUCACGUCCUGUCCUAACUUUGACGCGCAUACGCUCGCGUUCUACGGUUCCCCGCAGUUCGCCGCAGAAGCACAGACCGCGCAGCCAUUCCUCGACACGCUUGAACCCUUCCUCGAUGGACGAUCGAUCAACUUCACGAACAUGUUCAAUAUUUUCGACUUCGUGAACGUGAACAACAUUCACAACGCCACGUUUCAUGACGAGCUUCCGGCAACCUUUGUCGAGCAAGCAUACGGCUUUGCUAACUUCCACGAGAAUGGUGUCUUCUCGGAUGUCUCGCCAUCGGGGAUCGGUAACGUCGCCUUCAGGACCAUCCUUCCAUCCGUCUUCUCUUCCCUGACUCGCAUCGCCAACGCGAGUGAUCCGCUUAAGCUGGCUCUCAACGGGAUCUCAUAUAAGCCGUUCAUAUCCUUCUUCAACCUGACUGCUGCCUCCGUUGACGGUCAACCUCUGUUCGGUAUCGUGGACUACGCCUCUGCCCUUUCACUUGAGCUCCAUGACAAUGCGGACGCAAGCGGCGCGUCUGAUCCUGUCCUGACCUUCCAAUUCAAGAAUGGAACCUCGGACACGGAGUUCCACCCCGUCAGCUUGGGAGUCUUCAACGAUAGCACAAGCGUACCCCUCAGCACAUUCAUCAACACGUUGUCGCCUUUCGCUAUCAACAAUACAGCUCAGUGGUGCCAAGCAUCCCGCAGCCCACCCAUCGACCAAUAUCUACCAUACUCCAUGGCAACGCGUCCUGAGAAGCCUGUCUCGGAUGUCAACCGCCACAGCGAGCUCUACCUGGAUACUAUCGUCUUCGAGGUUCAAGGAACACUCUUCAAGAUACCACACUCCGGACUGUCCGGCGAUGCAACGGCUCUUGCGACCAGAUUCCUGCUCACUGACUCUGCCGAUGGCGACGCAUCCGGCUCAAGUGACGCUAAUCCCAUCCGCCUCGACGCGUACAUCACCGUGUUCGACUUCACCAGCUUUGUGAAAGCCGUUGGUCCUCCGUCUGGCCAAGAGCAGUUGAACCUCUCACUGGACGAAUGGAUGUCUGUUCUAAAGCUCGCGAAGCUCUGGAACCUCGCGGAUACGCGCCAGCGCGCUAACUCACAGGCUGAGCGCAUCAUGUCCAAAAGUACGCCCCUCGAGAAGAUCUUGCUCGGCAGGAAGCACGGCGUGAUUCAGUGGAUUAAGAAUGGAUACAAAGCAAUCGCCUGUCGCGAGGGUGGGUUGACACCCGAGGAGAAGGAGAGCCUCGACCUUGAGACGAGGUAUGCCCUGCUCGAGUUGCGCGAUCGCGUUUGGGCGUGGACCGUCGCAAACUAUCCGUACUCGAGCGACGCUGCCGCUUCGAGUUGCAAGGCCACAUUCACCGACUGGGAAGUGGCGAUGCUGCAGAUAUUUGCUGAUGAGCUACGUGAUGGUCCCUUGUGCUGA